CGACGCCUGCGCAGUGUGACAGGGAUGGCGUAUUUUCUUGCACCGAGUAAUGCGGCGUCGCUGGCCGCUGAGGAGGGCGGAGAUUUCUGUGGUGAAGUAGGGGGCGGGCUCCAAGGAGGUCUCGCGAAGAGCCGCGGUCUGAACUAAAAAGUGAGAAGUUGAUGUGGGUACUUCUAGUCUCGGACCGGCGUCUUGAAGUCUGAGAUCAUUGUGGAACCGUGAGCAGCGGUGGUCAGCUUUGAAAUUUAUAAAACAUGGAGAAAACUCAAGAGAAAGCUGAAAGAAUUCUUCUAGAGCCCUAUAGGUACUUACUUCAAUUACCAGGAAAACAGGUGAGAACCAAACUUUCACAGGCAUUUAAUCACUGGCUAAAAGUUCCAGAAGACAAACUACAGAUUAUCAUUGAAGUGACUGAAAUGCUGCAUAAUGCCAGCUUACUCAUUGAUGAUAUUGAAGACAAUUCAAAGCUCCGACGUGGUUUUCCAGUGGCUCAUAGCAUCUAUGGAAUCCCAUCUGUCAUCAAUUCUGCCAAUUAUGUCUAUUUCCUUGGCCUAGAAAAAGUCUUAACACUUGAUCACCCAGAUGCUGUGAAGCUUUUCACACGACAACUUUUGGAACUCCAUCAGGGACAAGGCCUAGAUAUUUACUGGAGGGACACCUACACCUGUCCCACUGAGGAAGAAUAUAAAGCCAUGGUGUUGCAGAAGACAGGUGGACUAUUUGGACUAGCAGUAGGUCUCAUGCAGUUGUUCUCUGAUUACAAAGAAGAUUUAAAGCCACUGCUUGAUACACUUGGUCUCUUCUUCCAGAUUAGAGAUGAUUAUGCCAAUCUACACUCCAAAGAAUACAGUGAGAACAAAAGCUUCUGUGAAGACCUGACAGAAGGAAAGUUCUCAUUCCCUACUAUUCACGCCAUUUGGUCAAGGCCAGAAAACACCCAGGUACAGAACAUCCUGCGCCAAAGAACAGAAAAUAUAGAUAUUAAAAAAUACUGUGUGCAGUACCUGGAGGAUGUAGGUUCUUUUGAAUAUACUCGAUACACUCUUAGAGAGCUGGAAGCUAAAGCCUACAAACAAAUUGAGGCCUGUGGUGGGAACCCUGCACUAGUGGCUUUAGUGAAGCAUUUAAGUAAGAUGUUUACAGAAGAAAAUGAAUAAUAUUUGCCAUUCUUGAUUAGACUCAGUAGCUUCUUUCAAUUGAAAGCGUGGAGUGGCUUCCUAUUUAUCUUUUCAAGUACUAGUCUCCAAACACCGAGUAAAUGAGGGUGAUGUGAGUGAAAGAGUUUCAUUGUCAGAAUCCCUUUGCAUAAAAAUACAAACGAGAGCUGGAGAGAUGGCUCGGGUUAAGAGGCUGCUCUUCCUGAGGACCCAGGUUCAAUUUCCACUGCCCACAUAGAAGUUUAUCACCAUCUGUGACUCCAGUUCCAAUGACCUAAUGGCCUCUUCUGACCUUCGCAGGCAGCAGGCAUGCACAUAAUACACAGACAUACCUGUAGGCAAAACACUCAUACACAUAAGGUAGAUUUUUUUUUUUUUUUUUUUUUUUUUUUUAAGCACAAUUGAAAGUAUCAGGAGCCACAAACACAGGGCUUAGAAAUGUGAGGUGCUAAAUGUAACCAACUCCCUAGUACCACAAGUGUUCCAGGUUUAUGAAUAAAAAAGACUUACCUUCCAAGAAA